AAUCUGGAGAUUCAGUAAGAUUUUAAAAAGGACACGGGUAGGAAGAGAAUGGCGUUCUCCUGUGUUUUUAGGGUUCUCUUCACCGUCGUGGCAGCAGCUAUUCUGGUGAACGCCGAACGUGAAUUCUACUCGGAAAAAUAUGAUCACAUUGACGUCGACGAGAUUUUGGCAAAUCCACGAACGAGGAACCAAUAUUACAAAUGCGUCUACGGCAGUGCGCCCUGCGUUACGGCUGCUGCCAAAUACUUAAAGGAUAAAUUCCCUGAAGCCAUCGUUACAAAUUGCAAAUACUGCACGGAGAGGCAGAAAGUGAAUUUUGGAAAAUUGGUCACGUGGUUCGUGGAGAAUGACGAGAAGGGAUGGAAUGCUCUGCUGGAGAAACUUAUCGACGAUUAUGGGAAAGGAAAAAGUACCAUAUAGAAAUGAGGAUUCAAUGUAUUUCAGCAUUACAAUUGUCCUAAGCCUGAGAUAUCGGCUCGCAAUGUAAAAACAUGAUAUACACAUUAACAAUGAAUUCCGUCAUUAUAAAAUUGCAUCUCUGUAAUUACUAAAGUCUAACCACUUAUAAUCAUUUUCGCGAAAAAAUAGGAUAUUAUUUUUUAACGCGUUUACUAAUGCAGGAAAGUGAUUAUUGGUACAAUUCUUAAUUGAAUUCUUAAUCGAAUGCAGCUGACUAAAUUAUCGUACCAAAAUGUAAACAGACAUCAUAUACGAACUAACUAGUAAGAACAGUUGUAUCGUAUCAAAUCAAUUACGGCGUUGAUUUCGACGCGUAAUGGAUGGGUAAUAAAACUUGUAUUAUUGCAGAUAUAA